AUUCCUGUCCUGGUUUUAUGCAGAUCACGGAAUUACACUGGUACUCUUCGAUCAUGCUUCAGUCAGCUGAUGUUGCCAUAACAACCGUACUCACCCUACUCGCAAUUGUAGAUAUUGUGGGAAACUCUCUCGUUUGUGCAAUCAUCAAGCGGAAUCGAGUUAUGAGGACUCCCAUCAAUUAUCUACUUGUGAACCUGGCUGUAGCGGAUAUUUUGUACGCAGCGUUUAUGGCUCCAAGGAUAUUUCUCAAGCUUACUUCAACCCACCCAGACGGGAUGACUGGUACAGUUUUGUGCAAAUUACUGACAGACGGGAAUGUCGCGUGGGUUGGAGCAACCUCUUCAUUUGUCACUCUGGUUGCCAUCGCUAUUGAACGAUAUUAUGCAGUAAUGUACCCUCACGGAAACAAAUGGAAACUUACCAAGCAAAAUCUAAAGAUAUACCCUUGCCCUAGCGUCUUCAAUAAUGAAGAUUCCUACUACGAGGUUGACACUUUGCCAUUUCAGAUUAUUAUUCCUAGCAUUUGGACCUUCUCCUUGAUCUUCAAUAUUCCACUGUUCCUUGUCACGAAGAUUGGGACACAGGACAACAGUCACUACUGCGUGGAAAUCUUUCCUGAGCGGUGGAUGGAGAAGGCUUACCCUCUUACGUGGAUAGCUUUGACUAAUCUAUCCUUGGCAAUAAUGGUUUUUCUGUACUCCAAAGUCGUGCGGACUUUGUGGUUCAAACGUAAUGAUGACACUCAACUCACCUGCCAACAAAAGGGUGUCAUUAGGGUGCGGAAGCGUGUUACCUUGAUGGUCGUAGCUGUCACUGCCAUAUUUGGGAUCUGCUGGGGCACGGCCUCAAUUGUCUACGUCUUACAUUACACAACAUCCUACAACGUUGGUUUCGUCCCAAUUGCCUGCGCCAACAUAAUGAUCUUGUUCAAUUCCGCUGUCAACCCGUUCGUCUACGCUUUGUUAAAUCAACAAUUCAGGGAGAAGGUGAAGGCAAUGAUAUUCUGCUCUUGUUCCGCACUACCCAGGGUACAUCCUUCCCCUGAACCUCGGGACUUAGAGAUGGUCAAUAAUACAACCCACCCGACCCACCCGACUCACAAUACAGGACCUUCUUCCACGGAUCAGGAUCUGUAGUGUUCUGGUGGUUUGAGUCGAUGAACACAUGCAUUGCAUUGUAUGACAAAUGUUAGAAUAUAAAUAUGAGUAUAAUUUUAACAAGAGAUUACUGGAUUUUAACUUUCAAAAACAGGAGAUCAAUGAACAUUAACUUUGAAAAACCUUCUAAAGUAACAUGUGUGUAGGUAUAUGUGGGGAGAGUGCAGAUAUAUGUAGGGGGAUUAAUGAACUUAACUUUCAAACAAGAUAUAAUGUUAUACAGGUUGUGUAGGUAAUAUGGGGGGAUUAAUGAGAUGUAGGCAGUGUGUAGGUAUAUAUCUGGGAGGCCGUGUAUAUAUCGAGUUAUUUCUGGGGGCGAGAAAUUAUGCUGGGAUAAUCAGAUGCAGGCUGAGGGAUGUUAUGCAGGAACUGUAGGUAUAUGCAUGCAUACAGGCGGGAAAUAUCUGGAGUAUUUGAGAUAGAUGUGUAUACUGUGAUGGAGUUAAAUAGCCGCCCAACCAUCCGGGUGGUGUUGCGCUUAUAAAGCGAAAGAACAAAAGGCUCGGUUGUGAGCCAAUGAGGAACCACUGACGUCAUAGCUAAACUGGACAAACGAGUUUCUGGCACCGGCUGUGUUUGAUUAUUCAAAAUGGCGGACAUACCUUAAUUUAAGGCUGUAAUAUGCUAAUUUGCCAAACAUUCUUUAUAUGCACGCUUUUGAAUUAUUAUUUCAAGUGAAUAACAAGAAACUUCAUCGAAUAACUACUCAAUUUGAAAUCGUUCUGAGUAUUCAAAAGUUGCUCUAUCCUCGAUAUACUCGAAUUUAUACCGUUGUUAAAAUACACUGAGUUGAGAGCUAAUCAAUUUGAAAUCGCUGUAUCAAAGUGUUAAAAAGUUUACUUCGGCGAUAUACUCGAAACUGACUGAAACUGACUCACUCAGAUUCACAAAGUAACUGUAAACGCUCUGGGAAAGCAGACGCC